GAAGUGAUGCGCGCGACGGGCCUCUUCGCCGCCGCCGACGAGGCGUCUCAUGUGCUCACAGAGAUGGUCGGCUUGCGAUACACGGCUGCGCAACUGCGCUUCGCCUUCGCCCUCUUGCUGGAGCUCGAAGCCGCGCCCGUCAGACUCUACGCCGCCUUCGAGAAAGACAUGAUGCGAGACUACCUCCACGCUGGCCUCUCCACCACGACAGCGCAGACACGUCUGAAGGAUGACCUUCGCACGGCUUGGGUGCACAGCGGCCAUUCCGACAGCGACUGGCCUGUGGGCGGCGUCUGCAAGCUCGAGAGGCAGAGCGCCGCGCCGGCCCGCGCAGACGACACCUCCACGCCUGAUUCCUUCAAGCACCGCGUCCUCCACGACGCCAACCAACGGACAGUCUUCCAGCACGUCGACAUGUGCCUCCAAGGCACUCGCACGGCUCUCGCGUUUGUCGAGGGCCGCUCCGGCACCGGCAAGUCCACUUUAGCGUCCGCCCUCCACUACCACGGCGAGUCCCUGCCCAAGGAAGUGAUCAACGCGGCUACCACCGGUUUGGCAGCCUUGCAGCUCCCGUGCGGCGCCACGGCGCACUCCACAUUCGGCCUCCCCGUCGCUGACGAGCCGAAGUUCUCCUCUACAUUGGGACUUCGCUCUGCCGCCGCGGCGCGCAUCGCGCGAGCUUCUCUCAUCCAGUGGGAGGAGUGGCCCGCGUGCAAACGGUCGUGCUGGGAAGCCGCCCUCGAUCUCUGCGCCACCCUGAAGGGAAGCUACGGCCCCGAGUACGUGCCCAAAACGUUUGUGUGCUACGGCGACUUCCGCCAGAUACCACCCGUCGUGCCUGGAGGUUCUCGCGACACGAUUGUGGAGACGAGCGCCCGCCGGUCGCAGUCAUGGUCGUCUUUCUCGGUGUUCCACCUCCCGACUCUGCACAGGCAGGCGCUGGGCCCAGCCUACGGCAACUGGGAAAACGAAGUCGGUGCUGGAACGCUGUCGGCUCCUCGCUCCGUCGCCGGCGUGCGCGGCUUCGCGGAACUCUCUCUGUGCGACACCGUCUACACGGAAAAUGAUGCCAUGGCUUUCGCUUUCCCCCGCGUCGCCGACGCCGCCCGCUGCGCAACCCGUCGCAUCCUCACCGCCACGAACGCCAUGGUGGACGUUUUCAACGACGCUAUCCUGCGGAUGUUGUCCACCACUUACCAGUUGCCUUCCUUCCACCGGUUCAGCAGCGACUCCUUGGACAUGGACGCGCCAGAAAGCUCUCCGCUGCAGAUUUCUGCCGAGUUCCUACACAACCAGACCCACCAUGGAGCUCCUCCGCACGACCUCAAUUUAGUGGUGGGCGCUCUGUACGAAUUGAUGCGGAACUUCAGCCCCGAAGACCGCCUCAUGAACCACACCCCAGUGAUCCUUCAAGCGGUGCACGAGCACCACGUCGUCAUCCGCACGCUGAGUGGCGAGACUUUCCCCCUGCCGCGCAUUGUCUUCCGCUGGCCGCUGGCCCACGGGACUUCCACCAUGACUCGUCGGCAGUACCCCUUGAGGGCCGCGUAUGCCACUACUUUCAACGGCUCCCGAGGAUGCACCCUUGACGCCUGCGUCGUG